AUGGACGUACCCAUGCAAGACGCCAACCGACGAGGCGGAGGAGGACGACGGAACGGGCCCGCCAAUGCUCGUGCUGCGCGUCGCAGCGACCCGUACGCUCGCGACUCGAGAGCACGGCCCAACGCUGCUGCUGUUGCUGCUCCUCGCGACCAGAACAGUGCACCAUCUGCUCAAUCGCAAGCCGGCACGUCGUAUGCGCCUCCCGAGCUCAGCAUUCGUGGGUCGAGCGGUCCUACCUGGAUCGUCGUGUCCAACCUCGUCGCUGGUACAUCGCUGGAAGACGUGCGUCUCACCUUCGGCAUGUUCGGUCGUGUCGAAGAGGUCAAGCAGCGACCUCCGCCCUCGGCCAACCACCCGACCGUCUCGUUCGAGGUCGCGUUUGACAAGCGAGAGAACGCCGAAUCUGCGGCGGAAAAGUUCAACGGAGCACUCGCAGACGGCAGGAUCCUGCAAGUGUCGAUCAAGAAGCCCGAAACGCCGCGCGACGCCUACAGCCAGUUUAACAGGGCUACGGCACAAGCGGUUGCGCAACGACCUCGCGAAAAGGCCGCCAACUUGAUCCCUGCCCCCGCUGCGCUGCCGUACACGCCUACACCGGCAGCCGCCGUGACCGCUGCCAUCCCCACGGGUCCUGCCAGCAUGCGCUCUCGUGCACACACCGCACGACUUGUCGAGCCUCGUGCCAAGCAGUCCAACGUCGCACCGGGCGCUCAGAAGAAUGCACCCGCGGCUGGCAAAGCGUCUGCUGCCAACAACGGCACUGGUAAGAACAAGAGCAAGGCUGCCAAUGCUGCCGCCGCCCCCACAGGUCUCAAGAAGGCCACCGGCGCAGCAGCGGCGCUCAAACCGCAAUCGCUUGCCCAGCGGAUCCCCGAACCACUGGCGAACCGUCUGUUGACGCAGGAACAGGCGCAAAAGCUGCGCGCCGAGGAGGCGAAGAAGAAGGCCAGGGACGAGGCACGCGCCAAGGCGAUCGCAGCCACGGGCAAGCAUACCGUGCUGGGCAAGCGUCUCGGUGGUCUGCCACUGGCGCAGCGGUUGGUGCAGUCGGCAGGCACACCCAAGUCGGACCAGAGCGCCAUCCGAGCUGCUGCAGAGAAGAAGAAGCGCAAGAGGGACGCGGCCAAGGCGAAAAAGACCAAGAAGACAGCUCGCCGCUGCUCACCACCCACCAUGCACAUCAAGACGCUCACCAUCCAGGGCUUCAAGUCCUACCGAGACCAGACAGCCGUCGAGCCCUUCUCUCCGCAUCACAAUGUCGUCGUCGGUCGAAACGGCUCGGGCAAGUCCAACUUCUUCUCUGCCAUUCGCUUCGUCCUUUCCGACGCCUACACCUCCAUGUCCCGCGAAGAGAGGCAGUCGCUCCUCCACGACAGCUCCAGCUCCACCUCGGCCACCCUUUCGGCGUUCGUAGAGAUCGUCUUUGACAACAGCGACAACCGCUUCCCCACCAACGGCACCGAAGUCAUCCUCCGAAGAACCAUCGGUCUCAAGAAGGACGAGUACAGCAUCGACCGCAAGUCGGCCUCCAAAGCCGAUGUCGCCAACCUCCUCGAGUCCGCCGGCUUCUCCCGCAGCAAUCCAUACUACAUCGUCCCUCAGGGCAGAAUCACCCACCUUACGAAUGCAAAGGAUCACGAACGUCUCGGCCUGCUCAAGGAGGUCGCCGGUACGCGCGUCUACGAACAGCGCAGGGCCGAGUCCAUAAAGAUCAUGGAAGACACCAGCGCGAAGCGAUCCAAGAUCGACGACCUCCUCGAAUACAUCGAGAGCCGUCUGCGCGAGCUCGACGACGAGAAGGAGGAGCUCCGCGAAUACUACGAGAAGGACCGCGAGCGCAGAUGCAUCGAGUACACCUUGCACCAGCGCGAGCUCACAGAGUGCGCCGAGCUCCUCGAAAAGCUCGAGGACGAGCGCAGACGCGAAGUCGACGCCUCCAACGUGCGCAGGAGCGAGUUCAACGACCGCGAAAAGCUGCUCGCCCGCCUCGAGGCAGAGCUCGCCGAGACGGGCCAGACCAUCGAGCAGCGCAACCUCGAAAAGAACCAGCUCGAGCAGGAGAGGCGCGAUGUUGCCAAGCACCUCGCCCAGAUCGAGUCGCUCGUGGAAGAGCUCGAGGAGGUCGGCGAGAAGCGUGCCGAUCGACGUGGAGCUCUCGAAGCCGAGCUCGCUCGCAUCCGUGUCGAGAUCCAGCAAAAGCGAGCACAGCUCGAACAGCUUCGACCCACCGUCGACGCACUCCACGCCGAAGCCGAGCAGCUGCGUUCGGCGUUGGAAGAGACGAAGGCACGAGUCGCUGCGCUUUACAGCAAGCAAGGUCGUUCGGCUCAGUUCCGGAAUCAGCGCGAUCGCGACGAGUACCUACGAACCAAGAUCACCGGUCUCGACCAGUACCUGCGCCAGCAGCAGACGCGCGUCGAGGAGACCGGCCGCGAACGUGCCAGCGUCACCGAUCUGAGGGUCGCCACGCUUCGCAAGAUCGAUGAAACCGAGGCGAGCAUCGAGAGCCGAAAGGAUGCGGUGCAGCAGCUCGCCACCGAAUACGCUGCCAAGCGAGAUCACCGCGACGAGCUCUCGGAGGUGCGAAAGGAUCUGUGGAAGGAGGAAGAGUCGCUCCGAUCUUCGCUCGCCUUCGCCGGCACCGAGCUUUCCAACGCACAGCGCAAGCUCGUAGGGAUGAUGGACAAGGCCACCGUCCAGGGUUUGCUCGCCGUGGAAAAGAUCGCGGCUCACCUUGGGUUGGACGACAACGUCAAAGGCCCCAUCUACCAGCUUUUUGCGGUGGAUGACACGUACAAGACCGCCGUCGAGGUCGUCGCCGGUGCUUCGCUCUUCCACGUCGUUGUCGACACGGACGAGACGGCGAGCAAGCUGCUCGAGGUCAUGAACCGCGACAAGAGCGGCCGCGUCACCUUUAUGCCCCUCAACCGCCUGCACCCCAAGGAGACAGAUUUUCCCACCACGCAGGAUGCCGUGCCGCUCGUCAAGAAGCUUCGCUUCGACAAGGCUCUCGCGCCCGCGUUCCAGCAGAUCUUUGGCCGCAGCAUCGUCUGCCAGAACCUCGAAAUCGCUUCUGCUUACGUGCGCAGCCACGGCGUCAACGCGGUCACGUUGGACGGCGACAAGGUCGAGCGCAAGGGUGCGCUCUCUGGUGGUUACCAGGAUCCGAGACGCAGCCGGCUCGACGCGGUCAUCGAUGUGCGCAAGUGGAAGACGCAGAGCGAGACCGAUACGGCCAAGCAGUCCGAAGUGCAACGCCGCCUCACCGAGAUCGAGCAGGAGAUCACGGGCUUGAUGGGCGAGAUGUACACGUUGCAGCAUCGACGUGACGAGGCGCGAAACUCGCGUGGUCCGCUCAUGGACCAGCUCCAGCGAGCACGCGCCGAAGCCGACGACCUGGCUCAACGGUUGCAGAGCAUCGAACGGCGCGAAGCCGACCAGAGUCUCGAGCUCAAAGCCGCCCAGACGCAGCGUGCUGAACUGCAGGAGGAACUGCGCACGCCCAUGUCGCAGGGUCUCACGCCCCAGGAGGCGGCUCAGUUGGAGACGCUGCACUCGCGCGAAGACCAGCAGAAGCGCGAGCUGGCGGACAAGUCCAACACGCUGUCGGAGCUCGACAACCGUCGAUCGAUCCUCGAGAUUGAUCUGUACGAGAAUCUGCGUCGACGCCAGGAAGAGAUCGGCACGCAGCUCGAGGCGCUCGGCGAGUCGCUCGGUGGCGACGAUGCGGCCGGGACCAGUGGCGUUCAGGAUGUCUCGGCACGCAAGCGUGAGAUCGAAGCUCUCCGUCGUCGCAUCGCCGACCGAGAGAAACGCAUCAAGGCGAUCGAGACGGAGGUCGAUCGGCUCACCCAGUCCAUCCAAGACACGCAGUCCAACUACGACAAGACAAAGGCCGACCAAGCCGAGGACGCACGCAGCAUCGCACGUCAGCAGAAGAACGUCGAACGAUACCUCUCGAAGCGCUCGCGUCUGCUGGACCAGCGCGAUCGAUGCAACCAGGACAUUCGCGACCUCGGCGUUCUACCCGAAGAGGCGUUCGAAAAGUACAUCAACACCAACGCGGAUAAGCUGCUCAAGAACCUGCACAAGGUGAACGAGAGCCUCAAGAAGUUCUCGCACGUCAACAAGAAGGCGGUGGAGCAGUACAACUCGUUCACCAAGCAGAGGGAUCAGCUGUUGGAGAGGAGGGGGGAGCUGGAGCAGAGUGCCGAGAGCAUCCAGGAGUUGAUCGAUGUGCUGGAUCAGAGGAAGGACGAGGCGAUCGAGAGGACGUUCAAGCAGGUGAGCAAGUACUUUGAGGAGGUGUUUGAGAAGCUCGUUCCUGCGGGGAGGGGCAGGCUGAUCAUGCAGAGACGCGCGGAUAUCGCGGGAGGAGCAGCGGCGCAGGAAGAGUCGGACGACGAGACGACGCAGGUGGAAAACUACACGGGCGUCUCGAUCAAGGUGAGCUUCAACUCGAAGCACGACGAAGGGUUGAGGAUUCAGCAGCUCUCGGGAGGACAGAAAUCGCUGGUGGCGCUGGCGACGGUGUUUGCGAUCCAGAAGUGCGAUCCCGCGCCGUUCUACCUGUUCGACGAGAUCGAUGCCAACCUGGACGCGCUGUACAGGACGGCCGUGGCGAACAUGAUCCGGGAGCUGGCGGAGAAUGCGCAGUUUAUCACGACGACCUUCAGGCCGGAGAUGGUGACGGUGGCGAGGAAGCACUACGGAGUGCUGUUCGAUGCGAACAAGAGUGUGUCUACACCACCUGCUCACUCCACCGCAGCCUCUCGGAUCCACCCCGCCGUGCAUACCAGUAUCGCGAGCAUCAUGCCUCGACACAUCGAGAUCGUCGUCAACCCCGCCUCGGGCUCGCGUCUGGCACAAUCGCUUCUCGAACAACACAUCUUACCACUGCUAUCCUCCUUUCGCUGUCGAAUUCGUUCCACCGAGAGUGCUGGCGAUGCUAUCCGCCUAGGAUCCGAGAUCGUGCAGGACCACCCGACCGCGUCAACGCUAGACGUCAUUUCGAUUGGAGGCGAUGGAACCACGCACGAGCUUCUCAACGGCCUGUACCUGCACUCUUCUUCCAACACUUCUUCCUCCUCUUUGAACGUGAAGGUUCGACUGGCGAUCGUACCAGCGGGAACGGCGAACGCGCUGUACUCGGCCAUGUAUCCGAAGCUGUGGACGCAGGAACUGCAAACCCGCGUAGCGUCGGCAAAAUCGAUCCGAGAACUCGACGCGGAUGUGGUCGAUGUGAUGCUGAAAAGCGUCUUUUCGCUGGUUGCGGAAGAUGGGGAGAAGCUGUGGAGUCUACCGCUCAUGUUGAACCGGUUGGAAGAGGAGGAGGGGGAAAACCUGUUGGUGAGUCAUCUGGUGACGUCGCAUGCGCUGCAUGCUGCGAUACUGCACGAUGCGGAUACUCCGGAGAUGAGGGACAAGUAUCAAGGGAUAGAGAGGUUCAAGGUUGCUGCUCAGGCGAAUGCUACCCGAUGGACGCGAGGGGGUCUCACUCUGAACGGUCGUGCGGGGGACGGGGUGGAGAGAUACUCUCCCGCCGAGAAGAAUUUCAAACCGUUCGAGCAGGGGAAGGACAGGGUGCAGUUGGAAGGACCGUUUCUGUAUCUGAAUGCGAUGGUCACAGAUCGGCUCGAGUCGAGCUUCGUACCAGCACCUCUGUCGGGCGCAUUUGAGACGCACGGACUGCCACUGGAUGCGGUGGAUGUCGUCGUCAUCCGUCCCGCGCGGGAUCGCUCUCUCGACAGCUUGAAGGAGGACGAAGCAGCGAUCAGGUUCGCAGAGAGGAGGCUGGGAGAGAUCACAGUGGGCAUGUACAGCGGUGGUAGACAUGUGGAUAUGGUUUAUGGUGAGGACGAGCCUGUCGUGGAGUACUUUCGUUGUUCGGGGUAUGUUUUCAGACCGGAAGAGGGGAAGGGGGAAGAAGGGGAAAAGGCGAAGCUGCUGUCCAAAUCAUGUCGUGGCAUCUCGUUCAAAACGCAACUCCUCUACACGGUCGUCUUUGUGACGCGCUAUCUGGACAUCUUUGCAGAGACGUCGCUGUAUCGGUUUUUGAUGAAGGCGUUCUUCAUCGGAAGUUCGGUGUACGUGUUGUAUCUGAUGAAGGUCAAAUACAGACCGACGCACGAUGGCGGGGCGAUCGAUACGAUCAAGUUGGAGUGGUUGAUGGGGGGAUGUGCGGUGUUGGCGUUGGUGUUCAACUAUCACUUUGAUGUGAUGGAGGUGUUGUGGACGUUCAGUAUUUAUCUGGAGGCGGUGGCGAUAUUGCCCCAGCUGUUCAUGUUGCAGAGGACGGGCGAGGCGGAGACCAUCACGACGCAUUACAUCUUUGCGUUGGGCGCGUAUAGGGCGCUGUACAUUCCCAACUGGCUCUAUCGUGUACUUUACAAAAGUGAUGAAGGGCGAAAAGUUCGAGCUGCCCGCAUAAGCACGCCAACGUUGACGAGAGCAACCCCUUCGCGACGAGGUGUUCGGUUUGGAUUCCGUCUGUAUGCGUUGGAACUCUCUGGAAGAAACGCCUCAGCAUGUCGUUCGGCGAUCCACUCUGAAGAAAGAGGAUGCACGGGCUGGCGUCCACGUACGUCGUCGCAUUGUUCCCCGAAAGGCCCUGCAAGCGGUGUUUUCGCGCAACAACCCUCGUGCGACAAUGUGUAG